UAAAUUCAAGUUUUGUUAUGGAAUCUCUCGUCGUUCUGAUAUCCUCCUCUUCUUCAGACGAUGAAGAAGAAUCUGAAAACGACAGCGUUUAUAGUGAAUCAGAUGAUAAACAAAAUGACGAUAAUAAUGAUUCCGAUAGUGACUAUAAGAUUUCUGAUAAUAAUCAUGAACUACAACGCUAUCAUAAUCCUCGCCAUCAAGGAAAUGAUGAAUUACCAGAGCUAAGUCUUAACGAGUGUAAAGAAUACUUGCGGAAAUAUGGGUUGAGAUUAUCUGGGACCAAGGAGGAGUGCCUACAGCGAGUGAAAGAGCAUGGGAGGUUAAAAGCUGGAAGGGGUGAAUUACUAUAUCCCAGAUCAUCGUUUUCCAUCAACUGCACUGGGGAUGCAUGCAAAGGAGAUGUUGUGUUCUUCAAACAAAGGGUACACAAGAAGCAAGGAUAUAUGGUGGGAAAAAGAAGUGUUGCUGGGAGGAUAGUUAAAGAAAGUUAUGGUGCAUCAAAACAACAACAUACAUUCACGAUUGAAGUCUUAUGGAGCAAACCAUUCAGAAACCUCCCUCCGCUUUCCACUUUGCUAGUAAAAGGCCGCAACCUCUAUAAGUUUGGGACAUUCCGUCAGCCUUGGAGGAAUGAAGCAGAAAGAUCAAAAGUGCUUAGCGAGAAACACGAUCGCGGGGAUGAAGCUAGGCAUGUACGAAAACUGAGGCAGACGGACAUUGCUUCCAUUAAUGAUAGAGGUACGAAGCGUCAAAAGCUACACCACGGAGGACCAUCUACAAGUAAACACCAAACUCACAUAGAUAAACAGAAGUCUUCCAGGAGACGAGGUACAACCCCUGUAAAAAAGAAUAAAACAGCUCAAAAGAAGGAUGUACGGUUUAAAAAGACGGAAUCGAGAUGGCCUAUACAACCCCCAGACCAUGUUGUACAUUCUGGUCAUCACCUACAAGAACCAUCAUCAUCUUUUUCAUAUGAUACAACUCCAUUGUCUGGUUUUCCGCCUGUUGGGUUUUCUGUCUACGGUCCUUACAACAAUGGACAUCCUCGACCUAAUCAUGUCAUAUAUCAACCACCUCAUUACCAUCAUCACCACUACGAGCAACCUGCUCCUAGGUAUAGGUUUGGUUAAGUACUCUAAGACUAUCAAAGACAAAUUGUCUACCUUACCAUGUACAAACCAAUCAUCUUUGGAUCACGUUUUUAAAUCAGCAAACAACAUGACGUGAUAUAACUAUGGUUGGUUUUUACUUCACCCACAGAGUUACAAACUUGAUGUAUCUAUCAUCUUGCAAAUGAAAGUCGACAAUUUGAUGCA